AAGGCGGACGGGAGCGCGUCGGGUUGGAGCGCAAAGGAGCGGAGAGCAAAGCGCAUCGUGUUGUGGGCUUUUUGGGGUUGGUAUUAUUUCUGUUUUGUCUCUGAGUUAUUGUGGAUUUGCUUUUUCCUACUGAUAGUCUUAAAGAUCGCACGGCAACUGCUGUAUUUAAAAAAAAAAAAAAGAGUUGUAGUAUUUUGCGGUGUGGAUGAUCUGCGGCUUCACAUCCAGUGCGCACACGGAACGGAACUAUGAACAGCUUUGGAGUAAAUAUUCAUCACCUGUAACAAGCACUGCUUUUGAAGAAAAGAGAGAGAAAAAAAAAGAUUGGACAUUUGUGUUGUGGAUUAUUUUAUUUCAGAAUACGCCAUGGGUCUAAAACCCAGCCUCUGAGUUCGUACUGUAGCCCAUGAAGAUGUGUCCUCUGUGAUCGAUCCCGCACCCGCUCCUCGGCUCAGUCUCGCACCCAAUGCACCACCCUCUCAGUGGAUCUCCAGCAGUUUCCGUUUUACACAGCCCGACCUCCGACAGCCACCACGGUAACUUCAUUUUCAGAAAGCCCGCUGGAAUUAAGGACACGUCCCCCACCGCUUGGUUAAAACCCUCGGAUCCUGUGCGUCAGGCGAAGCGUCUCCCCAUUAAAGUCGUGAAGAUGCUGACCGCGCACUCGGGCCACUUGCUCCACCCGGAGUACCUGCAGCCCCUAACAUCUGCCCCAGUCAGCAUCGAGCUGGAUGCUAAGAAGAGUCCACUGGCCCUCUUGGCUCAGACGUGUUCUCAGAUAGGUAAACCGGAUCCUCCAUCCUCAUCCAAACUGGCCUCCAUUGCGUCAAGUGGACUGGGUGAGAAAGAAGGCUCAUCUCGCACUUCGUCCUCAUCCAUAAAACUCACAGAGCAGCGGCCUUCAUCAGAUGAUAAGUCUAGUUUCAAGCCUUACUCCAAAACAGGCCCAGACAGUCAGAGGGAUGGGAGUAUCAGCAGCAGCAGCAGUAACAAGCCUGGCUUUUGUCUUCCUGUGGGUGGAGGUAAUGGUGGCAGUAGUACACCGAACUGUCAGUCCCACCAUGCACGUACUGUUUCUCCAAGUUCCAGAGUGAGCUCGCCUUCACAGACUCAGGCGCACAGACAUGCUCUUUCACCCAGCACCAUGCGUUCCACUGGACAUUCACAGACUGCAAACGGGGAGGCAAAAAACACGGAAGUGGCACUCUCCGACAGCAGCAGCAACCCGAAGAAGGAGGCAGAGUCGAGUAAGGCGAGUCUGGACAGUCCCCAGCUGGCCAACUCGAGCCAUGCAAGAGCGAGUGCCAACUCCAGUAGCUCAAGCUCUGAAAGCAGCCCCAGUAACGAGGGCAAAUCGGACCCCCAACCAUCUCAACCUGGAGGACUUGGGCCUGUUUCUAUUUCUCCCUUCAAAUCCAGUCACCCUGUCUUUCCACUCCCAUCGUCCAGCAUGGGCUACCACGGUUCUAUAGUGGGCACUUAUGCUGGUUAUCCUAGUCAGUUUGUUCCUGGCUUAGAUCCUACCAAGUCUAGUCUGGGAGGUGCUGGCGUAGGGGUUGCAGGUAAACACCCCAGUUCAAGCCCACUGACUGGAGCAUCUCCACCUUCAUUUAUGCAGGGCUUGUGUCGGGACCCGUACUGUUUAAGCUACCCGAAUGCACCUCACCUGGGUGGCAACUGUGGCACAUGCGUUCAUGACCCCUCAUCUUCACUAAAAUCCGGCUUCCCAUUGGUUUACCCCCCUCACCCUCCAUUGCACUCGCUCCACCAGAGCUCACUGUCUUCUAGCAUCACACCAUCACUCUCUCAUCCAUUAUACACGUAUGGCUUCAUGCUGCCCAAUGAGCCUCUACCACAUGCAUGCAACUGGGUCUCAGCCAGCGGGCCAUGUGAUAAGCGCUUUGCCACCUCUGAUGAGCUAUUAGCCCACCUGCGCACACACACCUCACUGCCAGGUGUGGAUGGAAAGCUCCUGUCCACAUACCCAUCAUCCUCCUCCUCAUGUCACCUCCAUCUGCCUCCCCAGAGCAGUCCAGCUUCUCUUCCUGCUUCCUUCUCACUGAGGGCACCUCCAAGUUUGAGCUUGGCUCGAUACCAUCCCUAUAGUAAAAUGCCACUGCCCACAGCACCAACACUGCCCAUGCAUUCUUUACCAACCUCCGCACCCUAUUACUCUCACUAUGCCCUCUAUAGUCAAAGACUGGGAUCUGCCUCUGCCCUUGGCUACCAGUGAAAUGGACUCCAUUGCUUCAGAAUUCUAGAGCCAGAGCAAGCAGCACACUUGCAUGAUGACUGCUAAGAUAUCCCACUUGGGAUUAGACACUGUCUGCAGUUUCCCAAUAAUGGGAAAUGGGAAUUAAAUGAAUCAGAAAAGGUGGACAAAAAAAGGAAUCCAUGGGCUCCCUAACGGCUGAAAAUACGAGUGUUCCAGGGUGCAUGCAAGCUUGAGACUGUGUAAAACUGAAGCGCCAAUGCAGUUUUCGAACAGAAUUGUAUUUAUUUUUUAACAAACGCUUGGCUUUUUCCAGUUUAUAAUCCAAAACAGUUUACUUUCACAAAUACUGAGUUCAUCUAUUCAUUUCACUCAAUUUAACUGAUCUUGUUUGCUUAUUAUUUGUACACACUAUGCUCCAAAUCUUAAGCUUCAGACACUUCUUUCCUUUUCAUAAAUCUGUCCUGUCUGACGCUGUCUGGUUAUUGUGUCUGUGCAGUAUGAAUGUGCAUGUCAAAGUCCUCCUAGCCUUUCUAAAUGCUUAUUUUUUAUUUUUAACAGCUGACAAAUAAAUUACUUAAAGAGCUGUAAUAUUUUUUUGUAAAGUGUUGAAAUUACUAGGCUGGUUAAGGUGCCGCUUCAAUGAAAAAAAAAGAAGAAGAAAAUUAGCGAUGGCAGAGCUGUCCAACUUUGGAGUUAUAAUUUUGUUAAAUAAAUGAAAUGGUUAUAUUUAAACUCAA